AUGUCUUCCAGAUUAUUCGUUGCCACUUUAAGCAAGCAAGCUGCUGCUGUUAGCAGAAGAGCCACUUUCCAAUCGGCUGCUGCUAGGGUUGCCCCACAAUUAGUUCGUAUGGGUGCCAUUGCUGGCUCUAGAACUUUUGCCACUUCCAGGUCUGGUAAGAGGUUGAAGGAAGUUCUCAAGUCGGAAUUGAAGAUUAGUAAUGCUAUUCCUAACGAAUUGGACUCUUCCUACAAGGACUUUAUUGACAGAAAUGGCUUCCAGAUUCUUGAGAGUGAAGGCACUUCCAACGUUCAAUUGAUUAAGCAGGGUGAUAAUGGUGAAACUAUUCGUGUUUUCUUUGACAUUGACGAAGUCACCGAUGUUCCAAUGUCUCAGGUUUCAGAAGAAGGCGUCGAGGCUGAGUUCGAAGAAGGCUUCGAAGGUGAAGCUGAAGCCUUGGAUUCGUUGUUGUGCAACAUCAAGGUUCUCAUUGAGAAGCCAGCUACAAACGAUGGUUUGUUCAUCAACUUGUUCUUGCAAAACACCGAGAACUCGUUCAUGAUCGACUUCGUCAACCACCAGGAAGAUGUCAAGCAAUUCUUAGAAGAACAGAUCUUGAAGAAGGGUGAGUUCAUCGACAAGUUCAAGUACCAAGGUCCAAGAUUCUCUGACUUGGACGAGUCUGUUCAGACCGAAUUCGAAAACUAUUUGGCUGCUAAGGGCAUCGACGACGAAUUGGCUGACUUCAUCAUCUCCUACAGUGAGUUCAAGGAAGAAAACGAAUACAGAUCGUGGUUGUCCAGCUUGACCAAGUUCUUGAACUAA